AGUGUGUGUGUGUGCGCGCGCGCGUGUGUGAGUGAGUGAGAGACAGAGAAAGACAUUUUGUUGGAUAUCCUGUUAAUGUGAUCUUAAACUACAUCAAAAGUAACAAAAUGUGCUGUGUUAACAGUUUGACAGGGAGUUUUGAUGUACUAAUCAUGAUGUUUUUUUAUUUUUUCACUCUUCAAUUUCCUUAUUUCUUUCUCACCUCCAUUUCUGCUUAUUAGUCUGAGUUUAUUUUUUUUGGGUUCUUUCUUCUCUCCUCUGUCUCUUCACACCUAAUAUAUUUUCACACCUCACAGUCUUCUCUUCUUCACUUCUCACAUCAUUAGCCUCUAAUAACAAGGCCAGCAAAAAACCCACAAAUCAACCAGACAUAAUAAGUGAGCAAGUAAGAUGUUUUCCCCUCUGAAUGGGCUAAUACUAAUGCAACCAAUAAAUAUACAAUGAGCAACAAACUAUCAAUCAAAGGAAGAUUAACAAACUAAUAUUGACAAAGUAAGAUUGCUGGCCUCUAAAAAGGCUAACUCGCCAACAAACAAACAAACAAACAAAUAAAUAAACACAAACACCCCAAAACAAACAAAUAAAGGACACUUAUUGUCCGCUUAAAAAGGGUUAGCCUACUACCCCACAAACAAACAAACAAACAAACACAAAAAACAAACAAACAAACAAACAGACAGACAGAUCAUGGAGUCCCUCAUCCUCAAUGCUUCCGCUCUCCCCGCCAUUUCUUCUCAACUCCAAGACGCCCUCAACUUCUCCUCCUCCUCCUCCUCUGCGUCCUCCGCUGCCUCCACCUCUCCCUCCUCCUCCUCCUCUUCCUCCGUCUCCAGCCUCCCCAUCUCCCACCAGAUCGGCAUCGCCAUCCUCAGUGUAGCCCUCAUUGUUGGUUUCCCGGGCAACCUGUUCGUGGUGUGGUCGGUGCUGUGCCGGGUGCGCCGGCGCUCGGUCACCUGCCUGCUGGUGCUGAACCUGGCGGCGGCGGACGCCCUGGUGCUCCUCACCGCGCCCCUCUUCCUCCACUUCCUCACCUCUGGCCUACACGGCUGGGCCUUCGGGGCGGCCGUCUGCAAGUGUGUGCACUACCUGUGUGCGGUGAACAUGUACGCCUCCAUCUACCUGAUCACCCUGAUGAGUGCUGAUCGCUGGUUGGCUACCAGCAGGCCCUUUGUAUCCCAGAGGCUGAGGACCAAGAGGGCGCUACUGUGCAUUGUACUGGCCCUGUGGGUCAUGGCCUUCAUACUGGCACUGCCCAUGCCAUUCUACCGCAGCAACCUGCAGCUCUUCCGCCAUAAGAACAUCUCCUCUUUCUUCUGCGUGCUGUACCACUGGGGCUCCCCUGGCCACGCCUCCUUCCAGUACCUGUGUGAGACGCUGCUGGGCUUCCUGCUGCCCUUCUGCCUCAUCGCCUGCUGCUACAGCUCCGUCUUCCGCCGCCUGCGCACCGCCAUGUUCCAGCGCAAGGGCCGCGGCAGCUGCCUCAUCCUGGCCAUCCUCGGGGCCUUCAUCGUCUUCUGGCUGCCCUACCACAUCGUCAACAUGCUAGAGGUCAUCGGCCUCCUAGGAAACCAGCAGUGGGCCCUCUCCGCAGCCAAGGUCGCCCGGCCCAACGUCACGGCGUUCGCCUUCCUGAGCAGCAGCGUCAACCCCGUGCUGUACGUCUUCGCCGGCAGCUCGCACAUCCGCAACGCCGGCCUGGGCUUCAUGGCCAAGCUGUUCGAGGGCACCUACUCCGACUCCACCUCGCGCAGCACCCGCCAAAGCCGCAGCUCCGUGCCCGACGAGGCGUCCACGUUCCGCAAGCUGUCCGUCAUGAUGAGCGGGCGCAAGGUGGGCAUGGGCAGGGGGAGCGGCAGCGGUGGCAGCGGCGGGAGGAAAGUGAGCAACUUGAGCACCGUGGCUGGUCUCGGGGACGAGGAGGAGGACACGAGGAAGGCAGCGGAGUUGAAAACGCUCACCACGGUGGGGGAGUACUAGAAGAGGUGUGUGUGUGUGUGUGUGUGUGUGUGUAACCAGUAAGCAGACUAGGCAGUUGGGACUAGGGUCCCACUGCAAUGGUAAAUAGUCAGCCCCUGCAAUGGUAAAUACCAGCGGAAGUCAUUCAAAAGGGGCCAACGUCUUUGUUUUGCCUAGGGCGUCCAAAAUUUAUAGCACCGAUGCUGGUGUCCAACAUGGGUUCCGUGCUGUAUCAGACCAGGCAAGAGCCUUGCCACAACACCCAUUAUAGUUCUAUUGCAUUUACUCUAGAGAGUGUGUGUGUGUG